AUGGCUCAUGCAGCAGCAGAUGACGAUGAUGAUGAUGAUGUCUUGAUCUGCGAGGUGGAUUGUGACGACAAUGAACUUCGGGAGAUGCUGCAGAAGGUGGCUUGCAAGGACGAGAAUACCCAUGAAGCCCCCGAGGAGCCUACGACGCCGACAGUGCCGGAUGAAGAGAUGGAUCAUGUGAUUUCGAAUGAUGUUUAUUGGCGCCAUGCGAACGAUUUGGGUGAGGUCGGUGACUCUACUUUUCCGGAAACGCAGCUUGAAAGUGUGCCUGCUUUGGCUGCAGCCGCAAAGCCCAUUCGGCCCUCGGUGGCGCCACGGUUGCGGUCGAAGCCCAGCACAGCUCCGGAGCCACGUUCGCAGGAGCCAAAGCCAAGCAGUGUUCCGAAGCCAAAGACAAGCACAGAUCCGUCUGGGUCAAAGCCAAACAGUGUUCCGGAGCCAAAGACAAGCACAGAUCCACAGGGGUCAAAGCCAAGCAGUGUUCCGGAGCCAAAGACAAGCACAGAUCCACAGGGGACAAAGCCAAGCAGUGUUCCGGAGCCAAAGACAAGCACAGAUCCACAGGGGGGGUUAAAGCCAAGCAGUGACGAGCCAAAGUCUGGGAAGGCUGAGGUUGCAAAGACCACGAAUCGGGCCCCCAAAACUCCCAGAACCAAGAAGACUUUUUCCUCGCCUGGAAGUGAGUCCAAGUCAGCUUCGGCUGCUGAUACACCAGCAGACAAGUUCAAUGCCAGAAUGGAAGUCAUGAUCAAGCAGAAGAAAGAGGGGAAAGUGGAGAUCGUCAGUGGGUUUUAUACGGAAGAAAAAAUGAAGGACCGGGUGAAGGCGGUGAGGGAGUACUGCCUUGCCUCGCGGGAGCGACGCAAGACGCUCGUGAGACGUGAUAAGUACCAGAAGCAGAUCCGUGAGUUCUGGGUGGAUGUCCAGACAAGUGGGACUUUGGCAACCACGAACACCGAGGAGUUUUCGUUUUGCUUUGAGAUCAUCGAUCCGACGUGUGAGUUGCCCGGGCCGGUCCUGGGUAAAGAGCCAAUGCCAGCCUACGACGGCACGCUAGGUGAAGACGAUGAGACAACGGAGGAGGAGGAUAAUGAGGAGGAUGGCCCGGACUCCAAGGAGGAGGUGACCCCAAGCAAAACCGGGAAAAGGAGAUUCAAUCAAAAAACAGCAGCUUGA